GCAAAAUUACAUUGGAAACCCGAACGGAAAUUCUCGUACGAAAUGUGCAUGUGUGAAGAAUUGCAACUUUCUACCCCCUCAAACUUUCCGGGAAAGUUCGCUUGUACUAUCUAUUGCGAAAGAAGAAACCGCCACGCCACCGGAGGAGAGGAGAGAGAGAGAGAGAGAGAGAGAGAGAGAGAGCUGAGAUAGUGGGUGUGUGUGUGAAACAGAGUGAAUUCACUUUCAUAGAGAGUGAGAAAAUAGAUUCAUAUUGAUUGAAUGUGCCUAUGCGCACAGAAAGAAAGAGAAUCGGAGAGAAAUUUCAGUAAUUGUGAUGUCUCCCCCUCAAUCUGGGAUUGAGGAAACGGGAAAUUAUACGCAAACCCUAAUCCCGGGCCUCCCGAACGAUCUCGCGGGGCUAAUUCUAGCGUUCGUUCCGUAUUCUCACCAUGGCCGUCUCAAAUCCACCUGCAAAUCCUGGAAAAUCUUCUUCUCCCGCAAAACCCUAAUCUCUUUACGGCAAAAGUACCUCCCUCCCUCUCGCCUUUCCCACCUCCUCUGCAUCUUCCCUCAAGAUCCGUCGAUCGUCUCCCCUUACCUCUUCGAUCCUCACAACCCUCGGGCUUGCUGGUUUCCUCUUCCUCCGAUGCCCUGUAAUCCCCAUGUUUAUGGCCUCUGCAACUUCACCUCCGUUUCAAUCGGCCCCCAUCUCUAUGUCCUUGGAGGCUCCCUAUUCGACACCCGAUCCUUCCCUCUCGAUCGCCCUUCUUCCACAUCCUCCGCUUUCCGAUUCAACUUCCUUACUUCUUCCUGGGACCGUCUAUCACCCAUGCUCUCUCCUCGCGGUAGCUUCGCCUGCGCCACGGUGCCUGAUUCCGGCCGGAUUCUUGUUGCCGGGGGUGGCUCCCGGCACACCAUGUUUGGGGCCGCCGGGAGUAGGAUGAGCUUGGUCGAAAUGUAUGACGCUCGCAAGGAUGAGUGGGUGGCCUUGGAUGGGUUGCCCCGAUUUCGAGCUGGAUGCGUCGGAUUCUUUGUUGGAAAAGGGGAACAUGGAGAAUUUUGGGUGAUGGGGGGAUACGGCGAAUCGAGGACGGUUUCCGGGGUCUUCCCGGUGGAUGAGUAUUACAGGGAUGCUGUGGUGAUGGACUUGAACAAUGGUGGCAAGUGGAGGGAGCUUGGGGAUAUGUGGCAGGAAGGGGAAAGGAGGCGCCUUGGGAAAAUUGUUGUUGUUGAGGAUGAUCAUUUGGAUACUCCUGGCAUUUUCAUGCUUGAGGGCACUGAUAUCUGCAGGUAUGAUAUGGCUUCUAACCGAUGGUGGAAGGAGACAAGUGUACCGAGAAAAGCCUCUGAUACCUCCUCAGUAGGUUUUGUUGCAUUGGACUGCGAGUUGCAUGUGAUGGCACUCGUGAAUGCGGUUGAUUUAACAGAAAACAACAGAAGGCCGCGACAACCUGCUAAGAAGGGGGCAUCAUUGUUCAUACAGGUAUAUCAUCCAAGGAAGAAGACGUGGAGAUCCUUGAUCACAAAACCACCUCUCCAUUAUCAUUUGGAUUUGAGAACUGCUGUCAUGUGCACCAUUCGAUUGUAGACUACUACGUAUCUGCUGUCAUGUGCACCAUUCGAUUGUAGACUACACAUCUGGUGUGUGUAUUAAUCAGCGACUUUGGUUCUGCUGUUAACUCUGUUUGUAUAGCUUGAUGUGGGGUGGUUGCAGUAUAUUCAGAUAUUCGUGUUAUUUUCCCUCACAAAUUAUAUAUGUAAAUAACCAUUUUAAGUUGAAACCAUAGGUUUACUUAAUAUAGCUGUUUCGUAUUCAUCUC